AUGACGACGACGCAGCCAUCGUCGUCCUCCAAAGACAGGAUGGAGAACGUGGCGCCGUUGGCGGAACGACUGCGACCGAGGACACUCGAGGACUUUGUCGGCCAGAAGAGCAUCGUCGAAGGCCCGCUCCGAUCGAUGCUGCGCCAGGCAAAGAUUCCAAGCAUGAUACUCUGGGGACCACCCGGGUCUGGCAAGACUACCUUGGCGAGGAUCGUGACGAGGAGCGCAAACGAAGCAGCAGCAGCAGCAGCAGCAGCAGCAGCAGCAGCAGCAUCGACCAGCAGCACCACCAGCAACAGCGGUGGUACUCUUCCCUUUCGGUUCGUUGAGAUCUCGGGGACGACGGCCACGACUGCCGACUGUAAAAAGAUCUUUGACGAGUCCAUCAACCGGCUGCAGCUCACGGGACAGCGAACAGUCGUCUUCAUCGACGAGGUGCAGCGCUUCAGCCGGGCUCAGCAGGACGUCUUUCUUCCCGUUGUGGAAAAGGGACACUGCAUCCUGAUUGCGGCCACGACCGAGAACCCGUCGUUUCGGCUACAGAGUGCACUGCUGUCGAGGAUGCGCGUCUUUGUCCUCUCCAAGCUCAGCCAGCAAGAGUGCUUCGAGGUGCUCCACCGCGCCAGACGGCGGGCCAAGGAGACUGGCUACGACGACCUAGAGCUCAGAGUCGACGACGAUCUGCUCCGGUGGAUGGCCAACGUCGCUGACGGAGACGCGCGCACCUCGAUCAGCGUGCUCGAGCUGGCCAUCGACUACCUCGAGGCUGGCGCAUCGACCGAGGACAAGAUUGCCAAGCUCAAGGCAGCCCUGCAGCGCAACCUCCUCUAUGAUCGCACCGGCGACGGGCACUACGACACCAUCAGUGCGCUCCACAAGUCCAUCAGGGGCUCCAAUGCCGAUGCCGCACUCUACUGGCUGGCACGCAUGGUGGAAGCAGGUGAUGACCCCCUCUUUAUUGCUCGGCGUCUCAUCGUCGCUGCUUCGGAAGACUGCAACACGCUGGAGGCGCUUCAGAUGGCCACGGCCACGUACCAUGCCUGCCAGGUCGUUGGCCUGCCUGAAUGCGGCGAGAACCUGGCACAGUGCGUCGUCUUUCUGGCAGAAUCACCCAAGUCGACGCGAGCCUAUCGCGGCUGGAAAAAGGCACAGGCACUCGUCCAUGGCAGCUACAACUAUCCCGUGCCGAUCCACAUCCGCAAUGCCCCCACGAGGCUCAUGAAGGAUCUCGGCUACGCCAAGGAGUACCGGUACGAGCCCAGCUGGGUGCAUCCUGUUCACCAGGACUUCUUUCCUCCUGAGCUCGAGAGCAGCCGACUGCUCUCCCCGCCCCCACCUGAGGCCGAGGAGCCAGGUCAGCGGCCGCAGCUGCAGAGAGACGAUGAGCACCUGGACAUGGAGGAGGAGGAGAAGGAGCAAUCUCAGCGGCAAGCCCCGCCAUUGAUGAAUGGUCAGGCCGGCAUUGGGCCAGGGAGCUGCCAACGCAUCUUUCAGAUUGGCGCGAGGGCCGCCGACCUCGAUCUGCUCGACGAGUGGGAGCAUGAGCACAACGAUGGCAGGCCUUGGAAGGGAAGAAGGGCGCUGAUGGUUCGCAUUCGAAAGGAGGGCAAGCCGGUGGAAGACCGAACAACGACGGACGAUGAUCGUAUGGGAGACAAGCAAGCUUGA